AUGAUGUUCACUCCUACUGUCCUUGUCCUCGUGGGCGCUCACCAGGUCGCCGCUCACUUCAAGAUUGACUACCCGGCCUGGCGCGACGACUCGCUCAGCGAGACUCAGAAUUAUUCGCAGUGGACCUACCCUUGCGGUGGUGUUCCCGACCAUGUCGGUAACCGAACCGACUGGCCUAUCCAGGGCGGUGCCGUCGCCCUUACUCUCCACCAUCCUUGGACCUUCCUCUGGAUCAACAUCGGUCUCGGCAAUGAAGUCACCAACUUCAACAUGUCGCUCACCCCCGAGCUGAUGAACGUGUCCGGCCGUGGUGACUUCUGUCUUCACGACAUGAUUGUCCCUAUGGACAUCAUCGACGGCACUAACGCCUCCAUUCAGGUUGUCACCAGCGGCGGUGGUGAUGGUGGUGAGGGCUCUGCCUUGUACAACUGUGCCGACAUCACUCUUCGAACUGAUGCCAAGAUUCCCAACGGCGUGUGCAAGAACACCAGCACCAUGUCUCUCACCAUGCUCGGCGAUGGCUGGACCCAGCCCCUCGCCGUCAAUGGCACCGACAACAUGACUGCCACUGUCACUUCGGUCGUCACUGUGACCGCAACUGCCCAGCCUAGCUCGGCUGUGGGAGGAGUCGCAGAGGGAAUCGUCUUCGCCGUUGUCAUCGGCUUCGCAUGCGUCUUCGCUACAAUCCUGUGCAUCUAA